CGAGCAUUAGGUUGUUUUUUCCGGCGAAGGUGGUGUCCCCAUGGUGCUUAACUACUUGCUUGGAAAGCCAGGUCUCUUUCGUGAUCUCUGCCGAGAACUUGAAGCCAUGCAUGUGUGAGCUGCUUAUGCGGUGCGGUACGUGUGAUGCAGGUCCGGUGACGGGCUAUGGGUCUGCAACCACAGCAGCACAAGUCGCCGCCGACAAUGCCGAGCGCAUCAAGGGCAGGUCAGUCAGACAACACACGACACACAGACGGCACGCAUCGGUGAGUGACUGUCUGUCGGACUGUGCGGAUCUGUCUGUCCUUGAUGCAGGGUGUUCAUAGUGACUGGGAGCAGCGCAGGCCUGGUUUAACAAACACACCACAGACCACUGCCUGCACCGCCACACCACACCUGGUAUGUGGGUGUGUACAUUCAUUCAGGGUCUCGAGACGGCCACGGUGCUGACCAAGGAGGGCGGCCAUGUGAUAUUGGCAUGCAGGCCUGGCCAGAAGGCCGACCAGGCCCUGCAGAGCAUCAAGGAGAAGGUGCCGGAGGGACAGGUGGAGCUCAUGCCUCUCGACCUCGGCUCAACUGCAUCCAUCAAGAAGUUCGCAGCCGAGUUCAAGAGCAAAGGGACGCCGCUUCAUGUGAGAAGGGGAGGCAGGCUCGUGUUUCCGUGUGAGGUUAUGUGCGUGUGCCGCCGUCACCUGGGCUGCAUGGCAUGGUGUCUGGUCUGUAGGUGUUGAUCAAUAACGCGGGAGUGAUGGCAUGCCCCUACGGGCUGACAGAGGACGGGUUUGAGAUGCAGCUCGGCACCAACCACUUCGGUAAUGACCACACCAACAGACACAGACACACACACACACACACACUCCAUCUCGCUCCCUCUCCCUGUCUGUCUGCAGGUCACUUUUUGCUGACCCAUCUGUUGCUGGACAAGCUCAAGGGCAGCGGCGACGACUGCCGGGUCGUGUGUGUGUCGUCCGAGGCCCACAAACUCACCCCGAAGGGCGGCAUCAAGUUCGACGACUUGAAGUACGAGCAGAAUUAUUCGCCAUGGUACAGCUACGGCCAGUCCAAGCUUGCUAACGUCUUAUACGCCAGCGAGUUGCAGAGGAGGCUGAAGGCCGAUGGCGUCACCAAUGUGACGGCGUACUCACUCCACCCUGGAGGAAUCAUGACCGGUCAGCCGGCGACACACACGCGAGGAACGCUUUCCCUGACUGUGUGUGUGUGUGUGUGUGUGCAGACUUGCAGCGUCACACCGGGGGAGCCAUGGGAUACCUUCUGUGGGGUUUGGACAGCUGUGGUCUGUUCAAGAGCAUCCCCCAGGGAGCCGCCACCAGCGUGACGUGCGCCACGAGCGACAAGGUGCUCCCCCACGCAGGCGGCUACUUCGAGGACUGUAACCCGGUCAAGCCCAGCGCGGUCAGUACGUCAGUCACAUCAUUCCAUCCUGUUAUGACGCGUGCACAUCGGUUCUCACUGUGUGUGUGUGUGUGUGUGUGCAGUACGGUCAGGAUGCUGAGAUGGCCAAGAAGCUGUGGGAGGUGACGGAGAAGGAGCUGGAGCCAUUCAUGAAGUGAGUGAUGAGGUGAUGCACGUCAGGCAUGUGAGCAUGAGGCGGGCAGGCAGACAAGCGAGUGAGCGCGCUGCAUGCCAAAGCCUCAUCAGCGACAUGUGAUGUGUACGUCCCUUUCGAUGAAAGAGGGCACAUCCGUCGGGGCGUCGGUGGGUCGGUGGAUGGAUGGAUGGAUGGCUGGAUGAGGUUUUCUUCCUUCCCAUGCCUGCAUGUCUGUGUGCUGCCUUCACGAAUGAUUGACUAGCUCGCUGCAAGGACAUCCAUCGGUUAUGAUGACAUGACAUGAGUUUGUA